AUGGUUUUGAUGACAUAGUUAAAUUCGAUUGGCUGAAUAUUGUAUACGAACUGCAGAAGAGAUGUCCAUUUCUUUUGAGUGUUUUAAAUACUGUCACAGCAAAAAAGAAAACACAGUCAGAGCUCGCACCUUGUAUUGGUAUGGCAUAUGCUAUAUUGAUGAUACAACGCAAUCAUGAGUUAAGUCUUGUUCAAAGGAUCAAUACCUUGAUCAUGGCAGAAGGAAAUGCAAAAAAACAGUUAUAUACCAGAUGCCAAAAGGUUGGAUUUGCAUUAUCACAUCAAAGCAAAGUCAAUUUGCUAGAUGAAAUUGGAGGUCAUUUUGCAGAUGAAGCAAUCACAAUGGUAAAGAAUGGUUGCAAGAUGCAAGGGACAGGUGACAACUGGGAUUUUCGAAUAUUAUGUCAUGAUAUGAGAAAGGAUCAUCAGAACAAAGAUAUGCAUUAUUUUGCAUCAAAUCUUCUUUUUGAACGAGUUCCUAUACCAGACAAUUUGUCCUUAUCUCCUAAACAUGAUAUUAAAACUUUGGAAAACAGUUCAUUUUUAUUAAGUGUUGCUGAAAGCAAAAAAUUAUUGGAAGAUUAUAAAGUUAUUAUAAGCAGGAUAUUGGUUCAAUAUCUGCCAGCUUUUGGUGCUUUCAAGACGAUUGUUCCAACCCAUAUUGACCAUGUAUACCAGGAUGAGAUGUCAAAACAAUCCGUAAUU